CUAUUUCCUCAGUUAUCUCCCUUGAUGUUGUUGUUUAAUUAAUUUGUUUAAUUAAAGCAUGGCGACAACAACGAGGGAAGUGAUCACCCUUCAGCUUGGUCAUUAUGCUAAUUACGUCGGAACACACUGGUGGAAUAUACAGGAGUCCUCUUUUGAGUAUGAUCCCUCCAAAGUGAGUGGCCCUUCAGAAAUCAACCAUGAUGUUCUGUACCGCGAGGGAAAAAACUUGAACGGGCAGGUAACUUUUACUCCCCGCCUUAUUCUAUGGGACUUGAAAGGAAGUUUACACUGUUUAAAGAAAGAGGGCACUCUUUAUGAUUUCAGGAUGAAAAACAGGCCAACAGAAUGGCAUGGAAAUGUGACUGUGAAUAAGAAACCAAAGAUUGAAAAGAAUGAAUUUCUCAAAGACAUUGAGAAACAGGAGGAAUGUUACCACGUCCCCAGCGAAUAUGAAGAAAUGGAAACAGAAUCUGCAGAGAAUUCUAAAGAAAUGGAAACAUCAGAAGAGAUCAACAAGAGGGAAGAAACAGACAGAAACGAAAACUGCGAUUCUGGCAACAAAAUCUACAACUUGGAUGAUUCCACUGAAGUUUGGUCUGAUUUCCUCAACAUCCAUCUCCAUCCAAAAACGGUGAACAUUAUUAAUGAUUACACCCACAAAAGGUACCAUCCUUCAUCAUUAGACAUGGGUUUCCAGAUCCUGGUCGACGCACACAACGCAUUCACUGGGGCUGCUUCCUCAGUUCUGGAAUAUCUCCAGGACGAAUUCUCCAGCAAAUCCCUUCUUACCUUUGGCCUCUCCCCAACAAAUUUUGCCAAUACUGACCGUAGUGGACAUCACGUAAUUAAUGCAGCCCUGUGUUAUUACCAACUGCCCAUGCAGAGUUCCCUGUUUGUUCCUCUGUCUCUGUCCACAUCUGGCUGGCCGUCCGCAAGCACUUCCUCUAGUCCUGUCUACCGGAAGUUUCCACACGUCAAUUAUAAGCCUCACCUCGAUUACCAUGCCAGUGCUAUCCUGGCGGCCAGCCUGGACACGUGUACCUUGCCAUACAGAUUACGUGACAAACAGACCCACAUGAAGGACGUCAGUCAUUCGUUCAAUUCACUGAGCCGCAAGGUGGCAGCACUGUGCAGCACCAUACCGUUCCCUCUGGGCGAAGACAGCUCCCUGAUUGAGUCUCUGAUGCAGAUGGGGGACCAGGUGCCCUGGACACCGAUCAGUCCCUACGUAAAUACUGAAACGAAGCCAUGGAUGACCUCCACCAUAUUACGAGGAAUCCCCGGAUCAAUGACGAAAUCAGACAACAUCAGUGCAGAGUUCGCUCCCUUGCUGAGCCAGUGCAACACACGUGACGAUGUCUUGAAACUUUAUCUGUCCGAAACUAUGCCGUCUUCACUGAAUGCUGGUUGUUCAGUGUCAUCACAGUGCCAUUUAGCGUCAUCAUUUCCACAUAUUUUCACACCAAACAUCACUUCUCAAGGAUUCAUAUCAACAAUGUUACGUCCACCACUUCAAGUCGUAAGCACCGUUCCGGUGAUGAGUUCUUUGCAAAGCACAAAAGACAGUGGUGAGAUGGUCGGCAUGCUGUACGAAGAGGCCAAGAAGGUGAACCUGAAGCGAUUCCAUAGGUUUCUUGCUGCUGGACUGGAAGAGGACGAGUUUAAAGAAUGCCUUAACGAACUGGCGAAUCUCUCUGAAAAUUAUUGCGAAUGAAGAAGAAACAAUUGCAGAAGAAGAGGAAGCAAAACAACUAUAAUAAUAAUAAUAAUAAUAAUAAUAAUAAUAAUAAUAUAAAUAUGAGUAUUACACAAUACUAUACACCCGAUGUGUGUGUGUGUGUGUUCGUGUGGUUUUCACUGUUGUUUGUGGAUAACACUUUCCAGCACAAAGGAGCGUGACGCUAUAAGGAAUUUCUAAGGGAGAUAAUUUUACUCAAGUUACUGUUUUAAUUUCUUUUUAUAUUUUGAUCUGAAUUUUAUUUCUUCUUAUAAAAACUCUUCUUCUACUCAUCCUCAUAACUAUUAUUAUUAUUAUUAUUAUUAUUAUUAUUAUUAUUAUUAUUAUUAUUAUUAUUAUUAUUGUUGUUAUUUAAUUCCUAAUUAUUAUUAUUACUGUAAUUGUUAUUUAAUCGACUUAACUCCUCCUCCCAAAUUUCAGGCCUUGUGCCUACAGUAGAAAGGAUUAUUAUUAUUAUUAUCAUUAUUAUUAUUAUUAUUAUUAUUAAGAAGGUGGCGAGAUGGCAGAAUCGUUAGCAUGCUGGAUGAGAUGUUUAGCAGUAUUUCACCCAUCACUAUGUUCUGAGUACAAAUUCCACCGAGGUCAACUAUGCCACUCAUACUUUCGGGGUCCAUAAAUCAAGUACCAGUUACACACUGGGACCAAUGAAAUUGACUAGUCCCCCUCCUCCAAAAUUUCAGGCCUUGUGCCUAUAACAGAGAGGCCUAUUCUGAGUUCAAAUUCCGCUGAGGUCAAUGUUGCCUUUCAUCCUUUCGG